AUGUCUGAGAGGAGAUUGAACAUCAAUGCUCCUCUGAUGUCUGUGAGGCGAAAUUCAGCUACAUCGCCGUCGUUAACAGAAUCAAAGAAGAGGAUAUUAGAGAAAAGACAGAGUCUUGCGAGUUAUAAGUCCGAAAUGGCAUUGGAUCAGGUUACUGAGCCUGUUGCAGUGCCUUUCAAUUGGGAGCAUAUACCUGGAAGAUGCAAAGGGACUAGUACUGGAUCUGAAGUAGUUCAAAUUCCUCCUAAGAACACUAAAAUCGUGCCAAUUCCUCGGCUUCCUCCUGGAAAAUCUGUCAAAUCUGGAAAUUUCGUUAAACUAGAUUGUGAUAGAGAAAGAGAAGCUGACAAGAGAAUUGAGAGUAGAAGAUUUAGUGUUAAGGAGAAGGAGAAGAAGAAUGACUAUGAUGACAACGCCUAUUCGGACGCGGUUGAAACGCUAUCACAUUUAACAGAAUCGUUCUCUGUGAACUGCAGUGUGAGUGGAGUAAGUGGAUUGGAUCAUGAUAAUUUGGAUUCAAACAGGUUUGGAACUUUUUCUACUGAUCAACAAACAAGAGACUUCAUGAUGAACCGAUUCUUGCCAGCCGCGAAGGCUAUGACAUUACAGCCUUCUCAAUACUCUUCAAAGAAGCAAUCUGUACUAGUUGAACAGCAGCCCAGAGAUGUUAACAAAUUGAUUCAGAAUGCCAAGAAGCCGUUGGUGACCGAUAUUGUACCGUAUACUGGUAUACGUCAAGAGGAAGAAAGUGAAGAUGAAGAUCAAAAUGAAGGUGAUGUUUAUGAUACUGAUAAUUCUGAUAAUGUUUUGGGUAAAGGAUGUGGUUUGAUGCCGAAUUUACAGCUUAGAAAUUCGUUGUCCAUGUUAAAUCCUGUGGCUGGGAUGAAAAUGAAGAAUCAAGUUUCUUUGCCUUCUUCUGCUUGUGAGGUUGUGAAACCUAUCAAAAGAUCUCAUAUUAGAUCUUUUAGUCCAAUUCCAGCUGUGAAAAAGGCUUGGGAAGCAAUUCACAGAAACAAGUCAAGCACUGUAACUGCGACAUCGCCUGAUAUGCAAGAAAGAAAGAAGAGAUGGAGCAGUGAAUCAAACAGGUUUGCUUAUUCAGGUGAGUUGCUUCCAGAUAGACUCUCUCCGUUCCGGCGUUCACGAGCAGCUGCAGCAGGCAUAUCUCCUUGUAGAACUAAACCUCAAUCUCCUUUUCGUGGCGCAAAGUUGCCCGAGAUUGAAAACAAUAAAUCUGGUAAUUUGAAAUUCCACAGUACAGGACUAGUAAAAUCUCAAGGAGUUCCGAACCAAGGAGCGAAAAGAGGUUCAUAUUCCGGAAGUUUGGCAAUCGAAAAAACAUUGUACAUAGAUAAUUCAAGUACUGUCAAACUAUCAUCUUCGAAUUUAAGUUAUGUAGAUAACAAAAGGAGGAUCGAUGCUAUGACUGCAGAUUUCGACAAAAGAAGAGAGAAAGAAAGAAAUUCUAGCAUAGAAAAUUCUCAAGAUACAAAACAUGUACAAUCUUUGAGUUUGGAAGAAAAAGUCACAUUGGAUUAUGAAGUGUUAAGUUCUUUAGGUGGAAACUCUACAACUUUGUCCGGUAUGCUACACCAUAUAGCGAAAGAAUAUGAAGCCGAAGUAUUGACAACUGAUCAAUAUAUUAACCACGAACGCGUGUCAGUGCAACCUGUGCAACGCACAUUUGAUGAAGAUUGGGAUACUAACAGCAACAAGCAAAUUGUGUUAGCUAGUUCUCCUCUAGCACCACCAUUGCCAAAAUCUCCUUCCGAAUCUUGGCUUUGGCGUGCGUUGCCUAUAAAUUCGCUUAAGAAUUCUUUCAUACAUUCAAAUCAAGGGACAAAGUCUCAUGCUAAAAGGAAUGAUUCUGAUGCUGCAUCAAGCAAUGUCAAGUGGGAAACAAUAGUGAAAACAUCGAAUUUGCAUCAUGAUCAUAUCCGUUAUUCUCAGGAACUGCCAUCGCGUAAAUCUCAUCAUUCAAAAUCAUAA